GCCACGCCGUACUAGCGUAGCCAGCCUCUCGGGGUCGCCGUCGCGGGGCCGGCGCCGCCACCCGCCACGCCACACGCCAGUGUGCUUCACGUCGCUCGUCACGCUAGCACGCUCUGCAUCUGCUAUCGCCCGAGAUGCCCCGAUGGCCGGUUCUCCUCCCGGCCGUCGGGAGUCCGCGGCAUGGACGGACGGAGCGAAUUGCGAUGGCGUGCGCGCCUACCUGCUCCCGCCGCCGCCUCUUGCCAUGGUUUCUUUCACUCUCGCUCCAUGAGCAGCUCGACGCCAACCAGUUAGCUGCUUGGCGAGGAUCUUUAGAAGCUGGGGCGUCUUAGCAAUUGGGGUUUGUUCUCGCUGUCUAGGCUAUCACUAUCAGUGCAAAUGCUUGGUCUGAUGCUGGCCAUGCUGUUAACCAUCUGUAUGAUCUACUCUACAUGAUGGGGCGAGAUGACAUAACAGUUGGUGUCGGAGGGGAUGGUGGUAUAUCGGAUGAUGGUAGGAUUUAUCCCAAUGUUGGUGGUUAUUUUGCGAUAAUUCAGCAGGAAAUGUCAACAGUGGGGGGGUGUCGGUAUCGACAAACGAUUCCACAGGGGAGAAAUGGCCGGUUGGAUGUCAAUACAAACUAUGGAAUCAGACGAGCAUUUCUUCCUCAGGGCGACCGGAGAUACUUCCCUCUUCAACAACCAACUACACAGCAGAUGAUGAUUGACACCAUAUCUGCUGCGCCAACGACCGUCCUCCUAAUGGGAACUCACACGAACUUUGCACUUUUCCUCAUGAGCAACCCACAUCUGAAAAAGAAUGUGGAGCACGUUUACAUAAUGGGUGGCGGUGUGCGAUCACACAAUCCCACUGGCUGCUGCUCCAAGAGCAGUAUCUCGUGUGUGCCUCAACAAUGUGAAGAUCAUGGUAACAUGUUUACAGCUUACAACAAAGAUCCAUAUGCUGAGUUCAACAUAUUUGGGGAUCCUUUUGGUGCAUAUCAGGUCUUUCAUUCUGGUAUUCCUAUCACCCUCGUGCCUCUUGAUGCAACCAACACAAUACCAAUCACUGAGAACUUCUUUAAGGAAUUUGAGAAAAAGCAGAACACUUAUGAGGCGAUGUACUGUUUCCAGUCUCUAAAGAUUGCUCGGGAUACUUGGUUCAAUCAAUUCAACACAAGUUACUUUAUGUGGGAUUCCUUCAUGACUGGUGUGGCACUCUCCAUUAUGCGCAAUGGCGAGAGACGAAAUGGUGAGAAUGAUUUUGCUGAGAUGGAAGUGAUGAACAUAACUGUUGUCACAUCUAAUGAACCAUAUGGUGUUCAUGACGGAUCAAAUCCAUUCUUUGAUGGCCAUGUGAGGCCAAAGUUUAACUUACUGGAGGGUGGUGUACAUAGUGGUCAUGUUCUGACUGGACUCGAUGAUCCAUUUUGUGUUAUGAAGGGGAGUAUUAAAGGGAAAUGCCAGGAUGGCUACACAAAAGAAGUGCAAGGUCUUGACUCGGUUGCUGCGCUUGUUGCCGUGAAAGCAAAACCUAAUAGAAAUGCUAAGAGCCCUCUUGAUAGAGAGUUUUUCAACAACUUCCUUGAGGUCCUGAAUCAUCCUGCACACUCUGGCCGCUUCAACUUGACCAACCAGUUCCCUCACUACAAAGAGGUUAUGUACAAACCUGAUUUCAGAAAUCUGAUUAGAGGAAUACCUGUCAUAUUCGACAUGGACAUGAGUCCAGGUGAUUUUAUCGCUCUAUUGUGCAUCCUGAAAGCAAAUAUAGAAGUAAUUGACCUCAAGGGGAUACUGGUAAGUGGCAAUGGCUGGUCAAAUCCUGCAACAAUAGAUGUUAUCUAUGAUAUUCUUCAUAUGAUGGGCCGCGAUGACAUUCCAGUAGGACUUGGUAGCAUCACUGCAUUAGGGGCCCCUGAGCUUGGCUGUGAAUACGUCAAGGUCAUACCACAUGGUUCUGGGGGUGGCCUUGACACUGACACACUUUUUGGACUAGCUCGGAUGUUGCCCAGAGCACCCAGAAGGUACACCGCAGAAAAUUCAAUGAAAUAUGGUGCUCCAAGGGACACUGCUCACCCUGAGCUCAGACAACCUUUGGCGUUUGAUGUUUGGCAACAAGUUACAGCAGAGCUUGGACCAACUGACAAGAUAACCAUCCUGACCAAUGGUCCUCUCACAAACAUCGCUAACAUCAUUCUAUCUGACACAAAAGCAAAAUCAAUUAUUAAGAAAAUUUAUAUAGUUGGCACUCAUUUGGUUGAUGGAGAAGGAGAAGGCAAUCUAUUUACUGUGCCGUCAAAUAAGUUUGCUGAGUUCAAUUUCUUUCUUGACCCUAAAGCUGCCAAGACAGUUGUAGAAUCCAGGUUAGACAUCACUGUCAUUCCUCUGAGAGCUCAACGCCAGGUGUCUUCUUUUGGAAAAGUUCUAAGAUCACUAAGCGCUGCUGAGAAGACUCCUGAAUUGUCAUUUGUGUACCGGUUGCUGCUGUUGAUGCAGAAGCUACAAAAGAAACACCAGUCAUACAAUCACAUUGAUAUGUUCCUUGGGGAGCUCCUUGGCUCAAUGUUCUUGGUUCAGCAGUCACAUCUAAAUUACUCAAUCACUGAAAAGGUCAUCAGUGUUGGCUCCGGUCAUGUGAGCAUGGAUGGCCAAACUAUACUUGACGAGACAAAUGGAAAGCUGGUGAAGGUAUUAGAUCGUCUUGAUUCAGACGCUUACUACACAGAGCUUGCGAAGCUGCUCGCUACCAAGAAGCAGUCAGCUCUUGUUGGCAGUUUUGAUGAGCAGAAAAGAGUGUGGAGCAAAGCGAGCAAUAAGAAAGGACGUGACGAUCCUAGGUUUGUUAAAUAGUAUAGUACUAGAAAUAGUAUAGUAUAGCGUAUGGAAAUGAGCAGCUCUUAUAUUUUUUUUGUUUUCUUUUUAAAAAUCCCAGUUUUAGUGCUGUGCUGAAUUUGUACCGCCUGGACGAACCUGGGCUUCACUUUGGUCCAUCUUAUUAAGGGUCAAAACUCGAGCCCCGAAAUUCCAGAAUGGAAUAGAUCACUUCAAGAGGAGCAGGAUAACAAAACUUGCUAAUUUCAAAGCAUCUGUGCAAUACACUAAGUUUCACUAAUUUGGUGAUGGGGUAUUUCAGUCUUCUGAUCAGGCAUCUGUGGACCAACUUCUUGAAGCUUCUGUGAUCUGAACUUUGGUAUCUGUGUUGUCAGGGUGAGGUGAAGCUGACUCUUUAAGCUGGCUUGAACUUACUGAGUUAUUUCAUGGCCCUAUUUAGUCAACUUUUUUUUUUGAGAUUAUAGUCAACUUGUUUGCUGUGAUGUUCUCGGGCGCCUUGCUGGUGUAUUUGGAAUAUGUGCUCUUGUGGAGUGUUUGGAUGGUGCCUACUCCUACUGCGUUGGUGUCGGCUGUGCCGUGGUUUAAUGGUUUUACUAGAAUAUAUUGCUAUUUC